UCAAAUGCCGAUCUCUCAUUUUUUUUCUUUUUCUAAAGCUAAAGCUGAAACAACUUGAAAGAGCGUCUUACGAACGCUGCAGCUGAUUCUCUCGCUAAAACCCACAAAAAAUAUUUUCUCUUUUAGGCUCACAAUCAAUUGCGCAUUCUCAUCCACUCCACCACGCUUAGUUUCUUCGAGAGCUUUUCUCUUUCCGUGGUCCUUGUUUCUGCUUUUUUUUUUCUCUCAGCAAAAAUUCAUUCCCAGCUUUAUUUUCUUUGAAGGGUGUGCGUUUCUUCUCUCUGCAACUACUACAAUGGUUGCAGAGCCUUGGAUUUUGAAGAUGGGUAACCAGGUUAGUACCAAUCUGAAACAAGCCCUUCUUCUCCAGACUUCGAAAAGAAAAAGCCUUAGAAACUCUUCAGAGAAUAGUGAUAAGAAAAAUAAUAAGCAGACUAUAGGCAUUCUCUCUUUCGAGGUAGCUAAUGUUAUGUCCAAGACUGUGUACCUCUACAAGUCCCUGACUGACUCCGAGAUCUCCAAGCUUAAAAACGAGAUCUUGAAGUCUGAGGGGGUUCAAAAUCUAGUCUCCUCUGACGAGUCAUAUCUUCUUGAGCUCGCUCUAGCUGAGAGGCUUGAUGACCUGAACAGGGUCGCAGCCGUGGUCUCCCGACUGGGCAAGAGGUGUACCGAGCCGGCUCUUCAAGGGUUCGAACAUGUUUAUUCUGAUAUCAUGAGUGGGGUUAUAGAAGUGAAGGAGUUGGGGUUUUUGGUUAAGGAUAUGGAGGCUAUGGUGAGGAAGAUGGAGAGGUAUGUUAAUGCUACUUCGAGUUUGUAUAGCGAGAUGGAGGUUUUGAAUGAACUGGAGCGAGCCAUGAAGAAGUUUCAGCAUAAUCAACAUGAGGAAAGCAAGAGGGCUUUUGAGCAGAAAUUCAUGUGGCAGAAGCAAGAUGUGAGGCAUCUUAGGGACAUUGCACUGUGGAACCAAACUUAUGACAAGGUUGUUGAAUUGUUGGCCAGAACUGUGUGUACUGUUUAUGCUAGGAUUUGUUUUGUUUUUGGUGACUCUUGUCUUAGUUUUGAAGCUUCUUCUCCUAAUAAGGAUGAAGGCAUUCAGGUUUCAGGUCAACUCGAUCAUAGGCGCCAUUCUCCGAUGGCAGCAGCACCGCCUUUACCUCCUAGAAGAGUUCUCAGCAAGAAGAAUAGUGGUGUGGUGCUCAAGAAGGGGUCGAGUUUUAAGUCUCAAGCUGAUUCAAAAAGAAGUGAAUUGGCCAUGUUUCGACCAGAAGAUAUAGUUUUCCCUUGUGGAACUAGCCCUGGAAGGCUUUUCAUGGAAUGUCUUAGUUUAAGUAGUUCAGUUUCAAAGUUUGACGAUGAUGAUUAUUAUGAUGGUUGUGGUGGUGAUUAUGAGGAUCGAGGUAGCCAAAUUUCGACUUGUCGUAGUAGUAUUGCAACUAAUGGAUCAAGGAGAGAGCAAAGGAACCACUCUAGCUGUUUUAGUAGAUCACUGAUUGGUAUGGAUCAUCAGAAGCAAACGAAUUCGAUGAAUGGUGCUAGAUUUGGUCCCAAAAGUAGGCUAGUUUGCUAUGCUCCUCCUUCAACUGUAGGGGGCUCAGCUCUAGCCUUGCACUAUGCAAAUGUCAUUAUUGUCAUAGAAAAGUUACUUCGAUACCCUCACCUUGUUGGCGAGGAAGCUAGAGAUGAUCUUUAUCAGAUGUUACCAAGUAGUUUAAGAUUGUCUUUGAGGACUAAUCUCAAGUCCUAUAUGAAGAACUUGGCAAUAUAUGACGCCCCUCUUGCUCACGAUUGGAAAGAAACUCUUGAUGGCUUAUUGAAAUGGUUAGCUCCAUUGGCACAUAACAUGAUCAGAUGGCAAAGUGAGCGAAAUUUUGAGCAACAGCAGAUUGUAACGCGAACAAAUGUUCUACUGCUACAGACAUUGUACUUUGCUGAUAGAGAAAAGACCGAGGCUGCCAUAUGUAAGCUUCUUCUUGGUUUGAAUUACAUAUGCCGUUAUGAGCAUCAGCAAAACGCAUUGUUGGAUUGUGCUAGCAGUUUCGAUUUCGAAGACUGUAUGGAGUGGCAAUUGCAAUGCAGAGCUGCAGCUUAUGUUGAUUGAUGAUGACAUUCUUGGUUUUGCAUUCUUGAGCAGAGGUCAUAAAACUUUUUCUUUGAUUUUCCAAUACUUGAAGAAAAUAGGUGAUAGUUCAACAAUCAACAUGUGAAUAUUUGAGAUAUAUAUAUGUAAUUCAUUGCUAGGUAUGGGAAGCUUUGACCUAGCAGUACUCACUUCCAUUUAUGAAAAUAAGUUUUCUUUCUUAUUCUUCUGUAGAAUUGUAUAUAUAUAUAAUAUAUAUAUAUGUGUUCAUGUAAAGUUAGUCUUUUCUCUUGUAUCUUGCAAUAUUUGUAGUUCAUAGUUUUAUUAAUGUAAAAGGUCAGAUACCUCAACAAGUUUCUAAUGAAAUGUUGAUCAUGUGUUAGGCUCUUAAA